AGGGAUCUGACGGGUAGGUUGGCUACAGGCCAAUAGGCUUUGCUAAGGCACCUCCGAGCUCAGAGGAUACUGAGAGAAGUGAUGGAAAAAGAAAGCAGGUACAGUUGUCACAGGCACUCCAGGGAGAAGCCCAUUUGAGGGUUAAAGAUUGUGCAACGAGAGUAAAUAACAGCCUACUAAGUCAUGUGACCAGGAACAUCCCUUGCAGAGAAACUGCUGUACUCGGCUGGAAGGCUGAAAAACUUUAAAUCGCAGAGAAGCCUCUUUGGAGCUGAGAGUUGUUUGUUUGGAGCAGGCAGGGAGUCGAGAUGAAUCUCCUUCCGAGUUUAUCCCUAGAAACCUGGCUUUUACUCAUUGCCUUCGUGAGCCUCUUGAUGCUUUAUGGGAUCUGGCCAUACCGAUUCUUUAAGAAGCUGGGUAUUCCUGGGCCAAGGCCUCUGCCUUUCAUCGGAACGUUCCACGAAUACCGGAAUGGAAUUCUGGAUUUCGACAAGAAGUGUUUCCAGAAAUAUGGUAAAAUUUGGGGAUUUUUUGAUGGCAGGCAGCCAGUCCUGGCUAUUCUGGACCCUGUAAUCAUCAAAACCAUCCUGGUGAAAGAGUGCUAUACCCUAUUUACCAAUCGCCGGGACUUUGGUCUAAGUGGAGAUUUGGAGUCUGCCCUUACAAUAGCUACAGAUGAGCAGUGGAAAAGGAUUCGCACUGUGCUCUCUCCGACGUUCACCAGCGGGAAGCUAAAGGAGAUGUUUCCUAUCAUGAAUCGCUAUGGAGAGAUUUUAGUGAAAAAUAUCCAGAAGAAAGUGGAUAACAACGAGUCCCUGGAAAUGAAGAGCAUCUUCGGCGCCUACAGCUUGGAUGUGGUGGCCAGCACUUCAUUUAGUGUGAACAUAGACUCCAUGAACAACCCCAACGACCCCCUUGUCGCCUACAUCAAGAAGUAUCUCUCAUUCAAUUUCUUUAACCCACUGCUCCUCUCAGUAGUGAUGUUCCCCUUCCUCACUCCAGUGCUGGAUAAGAUGAACGUGAGUCUGUUUCCCUCAGGCUUCCUGGACUUUUUCCUCAACAUCAUCCAGCGCAUCAAGAAGGAGCGGCAGAAGAAUGACCACUCGGUCCGGGUGGAUUUCCUGCAGUUAAUGGUUGACUCACAGAGCUCAGAUGGCAGCUCUGAACCUAAUGAGAAGACACACUCCUAUAAAGCUCUGUCUGACAAGGAGAUUAUGGCGCAGGCCCUUGUCUUUAUCUUAGCUGGUUAUGAGACCACCAGCUCCACCCUCAACUUCCUCUCAUAUAACCUGGCCACUCACCCUGACGUGCAGCAGAGACUGCAGGAGGAGAUUGAUGUCACUCUUCCCAACAAGGCUGCUCCCACCUAUGACGCCAUCCUGCAGAUGGAGUAUCUCGACAUGGUGGUGAAUGAAACCCUCAGACUCUUCCCCGUAGGUGGGCGGAUUGAAAGAGUCUGCAAGAAAAGCAUUGAGAUAAAUGGAGUGACCAUUCCGAAAGGCACCGUGGCAAUGAUCCCAGCCUACGUGCUGCAUCAGGACCCGGAAUACUGGCCAGAGCCGGAAGAGUUCAGGCCCGAGAGGUUCAGUAAAGAGAACAGAGAGAGCACUGACCCCUACAUUUUCUUGCCCUUUGGAGCUGGUCCCAGGAACUGCAUUGGAAUGAGGUUUGCUCUUCUCAGCCUGAAAGUGGCCAUGAUUGUGCUAUUGCAAAGAUUUUCCUUCAGAACCUGCAAAGACACCUUGAUCCCUCUGGUGCUGGACACAAAGGGUUUCUUGCAACCCAAGAAGCCAAUCAUUCUGAAGAUGGUCCCCAGAACCCAUGUCGAUCCAGAGGAGUAAAAGAAUUUUGCAGCAGAUCAGAGGCUGUUGCCAGUUGCUCCUUCCGCCCGACUCGUCUCUCUAUAAAUCACAUGAGAAUAGGAAUGAGCUGUGUAAAACUGUAUAGAGAAAGCAAAAGCAACAUCUAGAAAAAGCCCCAGCUGUUGUGAAAGCAGGGCCUUGUGAAUAUACAGCAUACCACAUUUUAAUAGGAGAUUGUGGAUGGCUUUUCUAGCAAACAAACCUACACAAAGUACAGGGUGAGCAGAGUUCAUUUAUAAGCAAUAACAGAGACUCUGGCCUGUUUCUCAUUUAUACCAAGACCCCGUUACACUGUUUGGAUAGUCUAAAGGGACCUUUAAGGGUAUGCACCUGCUUUCAGGCCCCCUUAUGCUGCCAGAGCAGGGCUUAGCAUAAAUGAGAAUCAGGCCUCUGGUGUUAAAAACUGUGUCACCUCCCAUCUGGCUAAACUCAGUCAAAGUUGAGGUUGUUAUGACUGUAUAAAAAUCACAUGCUGCAGGGCAUUUUACAUUGCCGCAUGGGUAGACAUACCUGAGCUAGCUUUAAUCUCACUAGCAGUGAAACCAGAACCACUCAGGCUGUACAACCACACCCAGGGACACUAGGUAUGUACUCAAGCAGCUAGCCUGUGCUGCUGGGGCUUCAUUAUUUCAUUUGAGCUAGUUCAAAGCCAGCUCAGCUAUGAUUACACACUUUUGACUACAACGUAGAUGUACUCUUAGCCUAUGCUAUGGACACUACAGUGGCAUGGCUGCAACUACACCACUGUAGUGUCAUAAUGUAGACGCUCCUGACAUCAGUGGAAAGGGUUUUUCUGUCAACGUAGGAGGUAAUCCACCUCCCCGAGAGGGAGUGUGGCUGAAACCUGACAUGAGUGAUUAAUUCAUGGAGGGAGAGGCACCAUUCUUUGGAAGAUAACAUUAGCAUGGUAAUGAAUCAUCAGGCUCAAAACAGGACAUUUGUGCUUAAUAAGAUAAGUUAGUAGGUUAAAAAAGACAGAAUGUCAGAGCCAGCUAAGAGAAGAGGGAGAACAGGAACUAUUUGCUAUGAACUAGAUAACAAGGGACAAAAUAAGUUAGAAAUGUAGAAAUGAGAUAGAGGAAGUCAAAACAUAUGCAGCAUAUGGACAGAUGCACGUGGUACAGGGAUUGGUCCCGGAGGGAGCUAGGUUGAUGGAGGAAUUCUUCCAUCUGCCAAGCCAUGUCUACACUGGAGUUUAGGAUGGCCUAACCAUAGUGCUCAGGGGUGCUCAGGAAUUUUUUACACCCCUGAGCUCCGUAGCUAGGUUGAUCUACCUUUGAAGUGUAAACCAGGCAUCAGAUGUCAAGAGCCUACUGCCCUCUAUGGCCAGGAGUGGCUCCAGGCACCAGCAUGCCAAGCGCGUGCUUGGGGUGGCAAGCCGUGGGGGGCGCUCUGCCAGUCGCUGCGAGGGUGGCAGGCCGGCUGUCUUCGGCGGCAUGCCUGCGGAGGGUCCGCUGGUCCCACGGCUUUGGCGGACCUCCCGCAGGCUGCUGCCGAAUUCACAGGACUGGGGACCUCCCACAGGCAAGCCGCUGAAGGCAGCCUGCCUGCCGUGCUUGUGGCGGCAAAAUGCCUAGAGCCACCUCUGUCAAUGGCUAUGUAAUCUGAUGCUACAGCAGCACUGUCUCUGUCAACUGUCAAUGCAUCAGAGGUCUCUGCUUGGUUUGAAAGACUCAUUGGUGCUGUUUCUGAUCCUAGUUCAAAGUCACUAACAGUCUUCUGGGUGAUCUGAUGCUUUAGAAGGAGAGGUCAGGAUGAUGUUGGGUCAGGUGGGUCUCUCUCUCUUAGCGCCGGUCAGAGUUGUGAGGUUUCCUUCCAUACAUUCCCCUUACUGAGGCUUUGCUUCUGCUUGGUUGCUUCACACCCGUGUGGCUACACAUUGCAACCCCCUCAGAGUAGAUGCUGUGCAGUGGUAUAAAAUAGGGUUUGCACCACUGCAGCUUACCCUGGAACUUGACUGGGAUAAGCUGCAUUGAUGCCAACUGUAUUGUGUAGAAGUGCAGUGUGUCCACACUAAGGGUCUGCCCCACUGUAAAUACAUCAGUGCUACACUGGUGCAAAUUACCCUAGUCUAGAUGCGCCCUGAGUACCCCUCGUAUCAUGACCAUCACCUUUUUAGCUGAGCACUGGCUUUGAGACACCAUCAGCACUGCUAGGUUCAGGUGCUUUUGAAAAGCUUUUUGGAUAUUGGACCCUGCUCUGAAAUUUUAUUCAGACAUUGUCAGUCUCUUCUGGCACUUUAAUUGAAAUCAAGGGGUAGAGCAAAUUGCCCAUAUGUAACUGGUGCUGCCUAUUUUGGCCCCAUUCCUAUUUCUUGCCAAGUUGGCCCUGUCUGUCUUCUGGUUUUACAACCCCAGGAGGGUGUUGACAUCCAGGGCUAUUUUCCAGGAUCAUGUGGUGCUGCAGCAUUAUGGCUCUGUCAAGUGUUAAAGUGACUACAUCCUUGCAGGAAAGAAUGCAUGUGACUCAUUUCUAGAGCUGAUUUAGCUUGAUUCUGGUAUGUUUUUAGGUGGCUGUUAUUACUAAAGACCUGCAACAUGGCUCAGUUUGCAGAUAAGCUAACUAGAGCAGCCUAGGUAUAAGCAGGUACCAUUUAUGAGCAGUAAUUUGCUAAGUGGGAGUGAAGCCUAUUAUGUGUUCUUUUUAUUUGUUUGCUUAUUGUAUCCAGUGGUCUCCUGUGAGAGGGAUUCUUUACACAGAUAUUAGCCCAGUUAAGAUUUUUAAACUUUGUUCUCUAUUAUUCCAUUUUGUAACUUUGAUUUGAAUUGUAGUAAUAUGGCAAGGUGCAGUGCUGGGAAAGCCCUUGGAGUCCUGGAGGACUUGGGUUUGGAAGAAGGAUGUCUCUCUUUGUUGGAUACUGAGAGCAGAGGAGACUCACUGGACCUGGUCAUUCUUAGAUUCCAGAUGAGCAUAAUGCUGAAUGCUCUGUAUCAUAUGUGGUGUGAUUUCAUAUUUACUAAUCCAAAAAGUACUAA